UCAAUGAAAAACAAAACCAAUAAAAGCUAAAAAGCUUAAAGCUUAAAGAAAGUUGAUUGCAGAAAGCAAGAGCCUUUCUUCUCCUCUCUCUCCACCCAUUUUGUUCUAUUAUCACUAAAGCUGAAACUCAAAUAACCAUCUCCCACUUCUCACUAUUCCACCUUCACCACCUGUUUUUCUUUUCUUUUUCUUUUUUCCUCAUUAAUUCACAAUUCAUCCCAUGUUAGAAGAUAUCAACAUCACUGCUGCAGUUCCUUCUUCCUCUUCUGACCCUUUCACUUCUUCAGAAAAUGGUGCUCUUAACAAAAGAAAAAGAAAACCAGCAGGCACCCCAGGUACUCAAAAUUUCAAUCUUUUCAUGCUUUUAAGAAUCAAUUUCAGGUUUUUAUUUUUGUUUGUUUAUGUAGAUCCGGAUGCAGAGGUGGUUUCUUUAUCUCCAAAGACUUUGUUAGAAUCAGAUAGGUAUGUAUGUGAGAUCUGCAACCAAGGGUUUCAAAGAGACCAGAACCUUCAAAUGCAUAGGAGAAGGCACAAGGUCCCCUGGAAGUUACUGAAAAGAGAAACUCAAGAGGUGAAAAAGAGAGUUUUUGUAUGCCCAGAACCAAGUUGUUUGCACCACGACCCUUGUCACGCUUUAGGAGAUCUGGUAGGCAUCAAGAAACAUUUCAGAAGAAAACACAGCAACCACAAACAGUGGGUUUGUGAGAAGUGCAAUAAAGGAUAUGCCGUUCAAUCUGAUUACAAAGCUCAUCUCAAAACUUGUGGUACUAGAGGCCAUUCUUGUGAUUGUGGCCGUGUGUUUUCCAGAGUAGAGAGUUUCAUUGAACACCAAGAUGCUUGUACUAUGCGUAGAGUUCAGCCUGAGUUACAAGGUCUGCAGCCGGCUUGUUCUUCAAGAACCGCUUCGAGUACUAGCCCUUCAAGCGAUGCUAAUUUUAGCAUAGCACCGCCGUUGUCAGGUUUACCGAAGCAAAAACCUGAAGAGCCUGUGUUUUCAUUCUCCACAACUCGAAACAACCCAUCAACUUCUCAACAACAAGAACACAAUCUUGAACUUCAGCUUCAACCUUCAAUAUCAAACACUAAUAAUGCAGUACGGCAUUCAUGUGAAAACUAUGCAACCCAUUUGAAACUUUCUAUUGGGUCAAGUGAUAUUGGUGGUGGUGGCGAGAAGAAUAUUGAAGCGAUAAACAACUUGAAUUUGGAAAAGAAUAAAGGCAGUACUGAUCCAGCUACAUUGGAAGCGACAAGGUUAAAAGAGUUCGCCAACGAACAGCUGAAGUUGGCCAUGGCUGAAAAGGUGUUUGCCGAAGAAGCAAGACAACAAGCCAAGAGGCAGAUUGAGAUUGCUGAGAUUGAAUUUGCAAAUGCUAAAAGGAUUAGACAGCAAGCACAAAGUGAACUUGAAAAGGCUCAAGUUUUGAAAGAUCAAGCUACAAAAAAGAUUAGUGCUACAAUAAUGCAAAUUACUUGUCAAGCUUGCAAGCAACAGUUUCAAGCUUCAACAUCAGUGGCACCUCCAUGUGAUGAAACUUCACUUGCAAUGAGUUACAUGUCCUCGGCCACUACAGAAGGAGAGUGAUGGAGGAUUUUAUUCUCAACUAUAUAUGUUAAGAAAUACCCUCUUGUUUAAACAGGUCUCUCUCAAAUAUUUGCUUCUGUUUUUUGUUUAAUGAUUGUUCAUUAAUUAAUUUUCUCAUGUUAUAUUGAGUAGUUAGAUUAUAUAUAAAAAUUAAGUCUGACCAAUCAAUGUUAUGGAGUUGUAACCUGUUCUUCCAAUUGAGUCAAUAUAAAUUCAUUUGUUUUAUUUAAUGAGAAAUCAAUAUAGAAAAGAAAACCAUUAUUUCCUCGUUGAA